CAGUGGCGCCGAGGCCCUGGAGCGAGCCCCCCGCUGCGGGAUCCUUCCCGCCGCCUUGCCAAUUGUCCCCGCGCCACGUGACCGCGGAGAGUGACCAAGCAGUUUGGAUUCCGCUGAGUCAUCCUCUCCGCAGGAGGCGCGCCUGCCCGCUCUCCUCUCCUCCCUCCUUUCCCGCAGCAGCAGAUCCCGGCAGCAGAGGCAGCCAUGGGCACGGAGCGAGGCAGCGGAGGGGUCCUGCUGGGCCGAGCCCGCACCCUCAACCUCCAGACGGGCAACCUGAUGAACUGGGGCCGCCUGCGGAAGAAGUGCCCCGCCACCCCCAGCGAGGAGCUGCGAGAAUGCAUUCAGAAAACCUUAAAUGAAUGGAGUUCAAAGAUCAGCCCUGAUCUCAUCCAGGAGAUGCCAGAAGUCCUUGACUGCACUCUUGCUCAGGCCAUAGAAAAAAUCAAUUCUGAAGAAAGGGAAGAACUGAAAGUUUCAGCAAAACUGUUCAUUGCUGGAUCAAACACCUCAUCGAUCAGAGAAGCGGUCAGCAUGACAUGUUCUGCCCUUGGGGUUGACCAGCUAGAUUCUGUAAUCAUUGCUCCUCCUCCAACAGAAGACGGAAUUAAUCUUUCUUUAGAGUAUUUACAGCCUUAUUGGGCAGAGCUUGAAAACUUGGUUCAAAACAAGCAGAUUGUUGCCAUAGGGACCUCCGACUUAGAUAAAGCACUGCUGGAGCAGCUCUUCUUGUGGGCACAGGUGAAGCCAAGCAGUAAUCAGGUGAAUCUCGCUUCCUGCUGUGUGAUGCCACCAGAUCUGACUGCGUUUGCAAAAGAGUUUGAUAUCCAGCUGUUAACUCAUAAUGAUCCAAAAGAACUGCUUUGUGAAGCAAGUUUCCAAGGAACUCUUCAGGAAAGCUUCCCAGACUGCCGGGCGCACGAAUGGACUCCGCUGUGGCUUCUGCGAUACUCAGUUAUUGUAAAGAGCAGAGGGAUCAUCAAGUCCAAAGGCUACAUCUUGCAAGCUAAAAGAAUCCCGUCGUCUUAAGAUUAAUCACCUUCUUCAGAGAGACCCCCCCCCCAAUCUCUGCUCUUUCGCCAAGAUGCAAACUGGAAUUCUUAAAGACCAAACAUUUUUUUAUUAUUAAACAGUCGGUGAAACCUAGAUCACAUAGUGGCAUAGCAAUUGUAUGCCAUUCUUGCCUUUCUUUUUCUUUCAUAUGUGUUCUGUGUUGAGGACAACUUGUUCACAUGUGAAAUACUGUUCUUCAUUUAUUUGUUUGCUGAUUUAGAGAUUAUAUAUAUAUAUAUAUACAGAAAAUAUUUGGAAUAUUUUAAUGACUAAUAUAAACUAAAAAUCUGAUUAGAUAUAUUUUGAUUGAAAUAUUUGGAGUUGGAAGAAGAAAUGUAACUUGGUUAAACUUUUUGCUGCUAGAUGGAAAGCAGACUAAAUGUAGUAGCACUGAUGGAAAAAGCAGUUUUAUUAUUUAAGACACUGGUGUUAAAUUAAGUUUACUCAAGCAAAUUGCUUAAAAUAUACAUGGAUUUAUAUUUGGUCUGCUUUCCCAAACAGAAAUCAUAGUACAAUAGGCCUUUUUUUGUGGCCUUGCAUACAUUUUUUUUCUUCUUCUGUUGUUUGUCAAAGUCUUCAUGGCAUGGAUCCAGUUGUGAGGGCCUCUGAUCAGAAACAGAAUUCGCCUUGCCAGACCUUGUUUUGGUAAUAUUAGGAUUCCUAUUUUGAGAAUAAUAAAUAGAUGGUUUUGUAUUGUCGAAGGCUUGCAUGGCUGGAAUCACUGGGUGGUUGCAGGUUUUUCGGGCUAUAUGGCCAUGUUUUAGAGGCAUUCUCUCCUCUGUUGUGAGGUCUGCUGGAAACUAGGAAAAUUGGGUUUAUAUAUCUGUGGAAUGUCUCCCACCCUGGACUUUCCACAGAUAUAUAAACUCAAUUUUCCGAGUUUCCAGCAGACCUCACGACCUCUGAGAAUGCCUGCCAUAGAUGCAGGCGAAACGUGAGGAGAGAAUGCUUCUAGAACAUGGCCAUAUAGCCCGAAAAACCUACAACAACCCAGAUGGAUUUGUUCUACAUCAGUCUCAGAAUUGCAUAAAAUGUAGAUAAUCUGAAGUUUAAGAACACUUAACAGUUCUGCUGUCUGAGACUCAACCUCUGGAUAACUUACAUUACCCACAAGAAGUUUGCGUUUUUCUUAUAACCAUUUUGGUGCAUUUAAUGCUGUUGAGCACUUAGUUUAAGGAAGCAGCCUCUGGUUUUCAUCUUGAUAACUGCAAAAGAUAAUGUGUUAAUGAACUUCUGUACAAAGAAUGACAUUUUCUAAGUUUUGUGCCAUGUCAAUAAGGUUAAAAUUGGUAUCUGUAAGUCUAUUAAUGCACCAAUGAAAAGUAUAAGAGAUAGUAAACUUUAUUUAGAAUCUGAAUUUUAUGUUCUAAUAACAGAUAACAUUACUUAGGCAGCUGGACUGAAUAAAUGUACUGUCUGUCAUAUCA